CUCCUACUCGUAGAAAUCCAUAAAGGCUUGCCAUGCUUGGGUUUGCCAUUAGAGCCAGUGCAUUGAAGAAACAGUGGGGUUUGUUUCAAAGCAGCUGAAUACCUGGGAUUCCAAACAAAACACUGAAGAAGAAACAGAAUAAAAGAAAAAAAAAGUGGGAUUCUCUACCAACAAUACAGUGCCAUUGGAUUACUGCUUUCAGAAGUCUUGCCAUUAAGGUUUCAAAUCGACUGCCAACUGACGUUUCAAACCAUUGGCACGCGUUUGUCGAACAACAUGAAGCUCCUGGCUGCGGUGUUGGUGCUCGUCUUGCUGUUGGUGGCAGAGGAGGGGUGGGCGGCGAAGCUCAUCCGGACGCGCAGGCAGCUCCUGUCUCCCCUUCAUGUCGGGGGGAUCCGGGACCCGUACGGCUCGUACUGUGAGCGCAGAGGGGGCUGCUGUCCGGGGCGGGAAGAUUCCUGCACCGUACCGUACCUUGACACAAUCUGCUACUGUGACCUGUUCUGCAACAGGACCAUCUCUGACUGCUGCCCCGAUUUCUGGGGUCACUGCCUGGGGGAGCCACACCCAUAUGGAAAAUAUUGUGAAAGAAACGGGCACAGAUUCCCAUCAGGGGCUACCUACAAGGAAAACUGCAACUUGUGCACCUGCAGCAAAGACGGCAGAUGGGACUGUGAAAACCAUGCGUGUCUCGUUGAAGCAGACAUGAUCAACGCUAUUAACAGAGGCGACUAUGGCUGGAGAGCCGGAAACUACAGCCAGUUCUGGGGGAUGAGUCUGGAUGAGGGAAUUCGCUACCGUCUGGGGACCAACAAGCCCUCCCGAACUGUGAGGAACAUGAACGAGAUUAAGACGAAUUUGGAGAACGUGUUUCUGCCCUACUAUUUCAACGCUGCUGAUAAGUGGCCGGGAAAGAUCCACGAGCCUCUGGACCAGGGAAACUGUGCUGCAUCCUGGGCUUUCUCCACUGCAGCCGUGGCCUCUGAUAGGAUCUCCAUUCAGUCCAUGGGUCACAUGACCCCCAUGCUGUCGCCUCAGAACCUCAUUUCCUGCGACACACGGAACCAGGGGGGCUGCAGGGGAGGGCAGAUCGACGGAGCCUGGUGGUACCUGCGCAGGAGAGGCAUUGUGACAGAGGACUGCUACCCGUUCUCUAGUUCAAAGACAGACUCCGCCUCCCAGCGCCCUCAGUGCAUGAUGCACAGCCAAUCGGUGGGCCGGGGGAAGAGGCAAGCCACCGCCCGCUGCCCCAAUCAAUCAUCCUACACAAAUGAUAUCUACCAGUCUACCCCCGCCUACAGAAUCUCCUCCAAUGAAAAGGAAAUCAUGAAAGAAAUUAUGGAUAACGGGCCAGUACAAGCCAUUCUGGAAGUCUAUGAAGAUUUCUUUGUGUACAAGAGCGGGGUUUACCGCCACUCUCCGGUCAACAGCAACAAGCCAUCCCAAUUCAGGAAGCACGGCACACACUCUGUCAAGAUCACCGGAUGGGGAGAGGAGAGGGGGUAUAAUGGAGAGAGAAGCAAAUACUGGAUCGCAGCCAAUUCUUGGGGCAAAAACUGGGGAGAGAACGGCUACUUCAAGAUCGCCCGCGGAGAGAACGAGUGUGAGAUCGAGGCGUUUGUUCUUGGGGUGUGGGGCCGCAUCACAAUGGAGGACAUGCACCACAGGAAGUGAGCCAGAGAGUCACCAAUGACAGCGGACAAUGAAUAAACCAAAUAUAUAUAUAUAUACUGUGACUAGCAUUUGGAUACCAGACUUUGCAAUAAAAAUCUCAGGACUCCUACUCAUCAUUUUCCAAAGCUUCCGCGAUCCCAGGUUUUUUCAUUGAGCAGUCAGUCAGCUUUUCCGAAAAAACCUCUCAAGGGACCAGAGUUUCUCCAAAUUGGCUGACGAAGGUGCUUUGCAAUCUCAAAUCGACUGUUGGUGUUCAGGUUAGAAAGGUAUAGCAAUGGGACAGAGAAGAGCUACAAUGCCACAAAGAAGUAUUUACUGGGAGCUUUAAUUACCAAACAAACUGCUGCUUUUCUCAGAUCUUUCCUCCUGAUUGCUUUAGGGAAAUCAUAAACCCAUUAAAAGAAAGUUGGUGUCGAAAGCAUGCCCAUUGUAUUGAUUGAUAAAUAGUGUUGACCCAUUUGGAGGUUAGGCCUGUGUGAUGCUGCAGUUUUGCUCGUACAUACUUCUGUGUGUGGCAAUAUUAUACACAAUUCUAAAGCUCAACAGUAUUGUAGCCACUUAAAGAAACAUAAAUCCUUCUUAAUAUAUUCAAACAAGUCUUAAAAGUAUUUUUUAUAUUGUUUUCGUAAUCUAUUCUUUUUUUUUUAGUUGUGAGAAUGACCUUUUGCAGAGCACUGAUAACAGUACAGGCGAGUCUAGCUUUCAGACAAUUGGAUCAUUAAAUGAUUCACGAUGAUCAAACUUGAAUAUUCUAGCAAUCGCUGCUUAUUCCUCAUGACUUUGAAAUCGGCGAACUCCAUUGCAGUUCAUUUAAGCUGAUUCACCGUACGUUUUCAAACCUUUCUUCACGUAUUUUAAGAUGUGCGGUGUUUCAGGCUUGGAAUAACAGGUUACAAAAACACGAUUCAGCUUGUUUCAGCUCUACUUCUGAAGAAGUCUAGCAAAAAACAACAAGGUUCUUCUCUGUAGCAGUCUUAAUAGACACCCUCAUGUCUGUCCAGAAUAAAUUACACUGCAUUUUAGGUCAUGGAUUGAGGUCAAUGGGUAUUCAAACCCAGUACUGCAGGUGUUAGCCCAGGAGCUUUUUGGUCAAUUUAUUUACAGCAGAACCCCACUGUGUCCAGAGUAUUCUUGGCAAUUGCAAAACCCUGCUCAGAUACACGUCGUGACGAGAGAUUUAAAGGCACUGAACUGGGCAAUGGGAUUCGUUAACCCGUUGCUGUGUCCUUUCUGUCUCUGCUUCAUUCCUUUGUACAGUAAGAAGAACCAGGCUGGCUGUAAUGAAUCGUUGUGUUUGAAAUCUGCUAUGAACUCUUACCCUGCAUGCCAUGCGUUGUUGACACGCUGUCACAUUGUUCUCAUGUAUCUUGAUGAACGUGCUUUCAGGUGCUGGUAUGAAAUUCAAUAAAGUUUUUUGUUGUUAUUGUUUUUGUAAGGGAACAUUUACGAUGCACAGCCAGAAUCAACGUAGUGUCUCUUAUCAGUGGAAUAAAAUACAGGAAGGGCUCAUGCAUGAAAAUGCAUGAUUUGUUACAAAGUCAUCAACAUCAGACUGCCAGCAAAACUUCUGUUUGGCCGCUAAUAGUUUCCGAUCACACCUUAUUGCUGAUAUCAUUUCUUUUAUUUAAGUUUUUAUUUUAUUUGAUAUGAAUGUAUAAAUGUGAGACUUAAUUGCAAACCUUUGGCAAUGGUUUGAUUAAAUAAAUACAUUUUAAAAAGUACACUCAUUCAUUUGUUCAUGAACCACUGAAGGUGUGUUUUAUAGGGAAGGGGGUGUAAGGUUUGAUAGUAAAACACUACUAAAGAUAAUAUGGUUUAACUAGGGGUGUGCUGUAACUCAUAAUUGCUUUUUAGAAGUAUUUAUUGGCAGGUAUUCAAUAAAUCCAUUAAUUGAUUUCAAAACAAAAAAAGCUGUCCUCCGCUCACGUUUACAAUUAAGUACCAGUCAAUGACAAUUAACUUCCACACUGAGUGUUUUAAAAGCCUAUAGGAAGAUUAUUUUCCUCUCAUCCAGUACCAAGGCCGUUAUGCUACUCAAUUGUAAACACGAGGGAAGGACUGCUUUUCUCGUUCUGAAAUCAACACGUUCAUUAAUGGAUUCACUGAAUACCUGCCUUUAAAUACUUCUUAAAAAAAGCAAUUCCAAGUACGAGUAACAGCACACCCUUAUCUUUAACAUAAUUCCUAUGUGGUGUUGCCCUUUUAAUCAUUUUAUUUAUACUGGCACACACAGUGUAUGACCAUUUUUCAAAAGCUCUUUCUUAAAACAGGCCCCACCUACCUGAUAGCACUGAAGCAAUCCUGGGUCUUUACUGCAGGUUAAAUACACAAGUCUGUGCUUGUGGGUGUCUGUGUUUAAUCAGGUAGAUCAGAAGCUCAUUAAAAACCCUUGGGAUGUGUGUCUGCUGAGAAGAGACAGUCAGAAAUACAAACUGGCUGUUUUUUUUUAAUCUAACUUUUAGGAGUUACUUCCCAGCCUAAGGGCCAAGACUGCAAGCUUUGAGUCUGAGGCGUUCACAGAAGAAUUUAAAAUACCUUGUUGGGAAAGAUUUCAUAUGUUUAAUUGUAUAGCACAUGCACCUAAGGCUUUAAGGUGUGAUGGUGAAGCAAAUUAAAAGUUCCAGCAUUUACAUCACUUAAUACUUGGUUCUUUAAUUGUUUGGUUUGUACCCUUUUUAUAAGCACUGCAAUGACAGCUAUAUUUUGUUGUUCCUUUUAACAUAUUUUUGCAAUGUAAGAUGAACUGUGAAUAUAUCCUUACAGGACCUGAAUCAUAUCAUGUUGUUCUGUUCAAAUAUCCAUUGUGAAAGUGUUCAGUUAAUCUGUCCUACACUGUUGAAAUCGGUGCUGAAAUAAAUGUGACCAAUAAAUACA